UAACUCUUAAGUUAAAUCAGUGUAUGCUUGUAGCAGUAUUAUGUAUUUCCACUGUUGUAUAAAUGUAAAAUAAUCAUUAAAAUUGUAUUUUAGUGAAUUAUUAUGAAAGCUAUUUUAUCAUAUAAUAGCAUUAUAUGAGGUAGAGUAGUGAGGGGAGCUGGAGAUGACGUUAUUCAGAUGGGUAACCCGGGGUGGCUCAGUCAGUGGCUUUUGUUGGUUUAUUUGUUGGUGGAUAAUUUCCUGCCAACGGUGUGUCAUAAGAUGACAUCUUCAUUAAUGCUGACCAUAGGAAUUGUGGCCUUAAUGUGUCUGAGAUGCGGUGUGGUGUGGGGUCGGGGUCUCCUCGUGCCCUGCCUGAGGGUGCCCAAGGUGCCCCAGUACAAUAACUAAUAUUGGUUACACGUUCGUCAUUAUGCUAGAUUUAAAGUUUAUAACCUAAUGUGUCAAUUCUUGAAUAUCAGCCGGCUUAUGCAAUGGAAACAGUUAUGUUUUGUGCUUAUGGAGAGAACAAUUCAUUUGUAGGCCAAAAAUAAAUAAAUAAAUAAAAGAACCCAACCUAACCAAACCUAGACUUAGAGGUUAAUUCUAGGUUAUGUUAGGUUCUGUUUAUUUUUUGAGUUACCAGAAUAAAAGAAAAAAGACCUUUCUCCCCAUAGACCCUAAGUAUAAUUGGCCCCAAAUCAAAGAACGAGUGGGACUCAAACCCAUGUUAGGCUAGUCCAUUGUCCCCAUUGCAUAACCCACUUAAUAUCUGAGAAUUUACUACAGUAAUAUAAAAAAUGGUCUAGCUCCUAAACUCAGUAGUAUUUGCUUAGAUAGGUUUCAGUUCACUAUCUACUUGGACUUUCCCAGUAUGCCAUUCUCCACUCUGUGCCAGGCUGUGGUUUGUACGUCAGUUUGCGUGUGGCCAGCAGUAGCAGCCUGGUUGGUCAGGCCCUGAUCCACCUUGAGGUUUGGUCACAGACCAGGCCACAGAGGCCUUGACUCCCGAAACCCUCUCCAGGCUGUGAGAAUGUGUAGUCUAAUUUUCUGGGGCUUAUCAUUAGUCAUAGGAGUGACACAAGCCUCAAGAGGAGAUCAUUCUAAUGAGUACACAGGCUGCUACCAUGUUUGCCAUUUCAACAAUUGCACCUCAAAAAUGGGAAUUGCUGCAUACGAGUCCUUUCAGAGCUUUAGUGAGAAGAUUCUUCAGUGGACUUGUGAUGACGAAUGCAAAUAUUUUUGCAUGUGGCGGACAACACAAAUAUUCAUUGACAGAGGAAUGGAUAUUCCACAGUUUUUUGGCAAGUGGCCAUUCGCAAGGUUGUGGGGCAUGCAAGAGCCUGCUGCUGUUCUCUUUUCUGUGUUCAACCUGCUGGCUCAUGCUGUUAAUCUUAGCCAGUUCUGUCACACUGUGCCUUCCAAUGCUCCACUCUUCAAGAUGUGGUUCCUGCAUGCUCUUAUUUGCAUCAAUGCCUGGGUGUGGUCAGUUGUGUUCCAUGCCAGAGAUACUCCAUGGACUGAGCGCUUGGACUACUUCUGUGCAUUUUCCAUGGUCCUCUACUCCCUUUUUGGCCUUGUUAUUAGGAUGUCAGGCCAUCAGCAACAGUUUCUGAAAGAGGCAGCAGCUGUAAUGGGAGUGUUGUUUUUCACUUACCAUGUCUGGUACCUAACUAAAGGAAGAUUUGAUUAUGGCUACAACAUGGUGGUUAAUGUUACUGUAGGUAUCUUGAAUGGUUUUGGAUGGAUUGCCUGGGCUGUUCCGAGACUGAAGACAAGACCAUAUGUUCGCUGGUGUGUCUACACAGUGAUAGGGGCCAUGGCAUCAAUGCUGCUCGAACUUGGAGAUUUCCCACCCCUCUUCUGGGCACUUGAUGCCCAUGCCUUAUGGCACUUAGCUACAGCACCUCUUCCUUUUAUGUGGUACAGAUUUUUGGAGAGUGAUUGCCUGUACUUGCUACAAAGGAAGUCAGGACCAGACUACAAGAAGCAUAUAUAAAGGUAUUAUAUUAAAUCAACGCUAUAUUAUCCAGCCUGCAAAUGUUUGUUCAAAUUAAAAUAUAUUGUGCUAUGGUCUCUUACAUCGGUUAUGUAUUUUGCUCAGAUCUUAUCACAGAUUUUGCUCUGAUAAAGACAGGAUUAUAAAAGAUAUAUGUUAGUUUUAUUGAAAUGAUAUAGUCUAUAAAAAACUUUUGACACAUUGCAGUGUUUCCAUAUUAUGUUUAGAAAUUAUUACACUAUGUAGUCUUUUAAAAGUGUAUGAAAUUAGCUGUGAGAAUAAGGAGAGGAAAAUAUAUUCAUAAUUUCAUGCAGAUCUUAUGACAAAGAAGUUACAGGAAUGAGAUUAGGAUUGUCGAUAAAUGGUUCAGAGAACCAACAAGUUGAUGACUGAGACACUUGUGCAGCACUUGGGUCUCUUUAUUGUGGAAAUGUUUUCGCCAACCAGUGGCUGCCUCAGUCCAGUACAGAGAAUAAUGGUUGAAGAUCAGGAGUUUUAGGUAAUCAGUCCCUCAGCCUGGAGUGAAUGUGAUUAGUCCAUCAGUCUUGAUAACAGUUCAGGAUUACACCUGCGUUAUGAUCCAGCUCAAUAUUUACAAAGCUUCUGAUUAUGGUAAUCAGUAGAAUAAAAUGAUUGUUAAAUGUUAUAUUUUUUGUUGGGUUUUCUCUAGCAAAAAAAGACUGCUAACUGUUAAAGGUUUUAGUGUUCAUUUAUGCUAAAUGUGUUUGGCACUGGUUUCAAAUCAAAGCAUAUUAGUACUUGCUUGGAGUUGUUUAUUUUGUUGUCUAUUAAUUGUAGAGUUUAGUUUGUUUGCUACUGUUAUGCAUACAUUAUUAUUAUUGCUUCUCCAAGUAUGUACAAAAAUAUUGGAAUUCUAUUUUUUUUAGGCUUAAGUCUUAGAGACUUUGUUAAUGAGUGCUGAAAACUUUACACAUUGGACUUAAAUGUGUCAGUGCAAUUCCGGGUGUCCUUAUGUAGUCCUCGUUCUAAACAUAUAAAUACAAGAACUUUUUUUCAAAAUUUACAUGUUUAAAUUUUAAAAUUUGGUCUCUUGCCAGUACUCAAGACCAUAAGCAAAUAUCUGUAGUUUUUUUUUUUUUUUUUUUUUUUUGAAGUGGAUAAAACAGUAUUCUGUAUAGUCUCGAAGAAACUAUCAAAAAAUGUUCAUUGUGCACAGAGGAGCUAGGUUUUGCCAACAACUGUUCUGGGUAUCCAUGAAUUAUUUAUGUCAUUACCACCAAGAAAUAGUAUUGUUUGUGCCUCUAUUAUAAGUGUUCAGAGUUGCAUUACUUAAGAGAUUCCACACCCUUGCUGAGGACAUCAUUAAUAAUUUAAUAUUAUGUGGUUACUCAUAUGUUUCUCUUUGUAUAGAAUUAAAAUUUCAUUAGUAAAGUAGUAUGGUAAAUGUGUCUUAUUGAUGUUUGUUUUAUUUGAAGGCAAGGCAAUAUUCUCUCUAAAUCUGUUAUAUAAUAUUUAAUUUAUUGUGCAACUGUAGUCAAAAUUUUUUCUAAUUCAGUGAAUAGUUGCUUUGGAAGCUACACUGAGUUCAACAGCAUCUGGCACCUACUAUAAAGGAUUUGAGUAUAAGGACACUUAAUGUACUGUUUGUGACAUUUAUGAAAUGACAUUUUGCUACUGAAUGGCUUCAUAACUCCUAAUGAUGAAACCAUUUGUAACAAAAAGUUUCCUUUAGCAAAGGUCCUGAACUGUCCAAAAGUAUCUGUAUCCACAGCUUGUUGGAAUCAUCUUACCAUUUACAACCAUAAACGAUAUCAUUGAUCAGUCUGUCUUUUUGAGGAAGGUAAACGAGCCAGUAUAAUGGAUGGAAUGUGGAUGCUGUUGCUGGACUUUUCAUGACCAACUUCUCAGUAGUUCCUUCUUCAAAAGCACUUAUUAGUUGAAUCUGUAACCAAUUAGUUAAAUUAGGACAACAAAUUUGACUACAUAUUAAAACACAAUUAGUGGAGUCUCUUAUAUUGUUGGUCGUUUAAAAAGCUUAGUUUAUCUUAUUGAACCCUUAUUGUUAAAACUCUCUCAGUAUUAUUAUACCUCAUUGUUUCUUUCAAUAUACAUCUUGAAGAAUUUUAGAGAUGAAGUGUAAGUCUGGGAUGCAUUUAUUGCAGGCCCAAGUAAUCGUAAUGUGAAUUAGAUUCAUCAGAACCUCAUUGAAUUUUGAGAUACUGUACUUGCGAAGAAAAACUUUAGGGUCCAGUCAGGGUUGCCACUCAGAUUAACUUUUUGAGUAAGUAUAGGCUUUUAGUUCUAAAACAAAUGUCAACUCUUAUUGGCAAUAUGUCAAUACUCAGAAAGGUGUUUUUAGUUUGCUGUAAUAAAGUUUGAGUCCUCAUUAUAAAUUUCUACUUUAAAUACAUGUAUUGUGUAACUUGUUCUAUAAUUUUUGUUGCUCUCCACUGUUGUUUAUUAUUAACUGCUUAUAGUGUACUAACAUAUAGUGCACUAAAUUCAAAUUUUAUAAGUGAUUGUUAAACACUUAAUAUUUAGGGCAGUUUUGCUUCAUUUAGUUUGGGAUUGAAAAUGGUAGAUUGACUGUUGAGAUGGUUGCAUCAUUUAGAAAAGGCUGGAGCAAGCUUAGUUGAUUAAGGUGUAUAAAUCUGGGAUAAACUGAAGAAAGUUUAGAUGUCUCAGGAAAAGUUGGAAGAGAGUUUUAAAAGGCAGGGUCUUGAGCAUCCAACAGGCAUGUAUGGAAUGUGUUACAUGUGUCAGUGGUGCAAUACUUGUGUAGUAUAUAUGCCAGUGCCUUUAUAUACAUCAUCCCUUGUAUGCCAAGCUAGUGUCAUGUGACUUUCCUUUGAACCAUGCACCUAGAUUGGAGACCCACCUUAAGUUACAACCCGAGCUACAUGCCAGGCAGACAUGGAUAGACUAGGUUCCAUCUUAUCAUUACAGUACAUCCCUAUAACAAUCCAUACAUUGGUAUUCUUUGCUACCUAGACUCUAUUAUGAACCCCUCCAACAAAUGGUGGCAAAUAUAUAAGCAUGUUAGUAUCUAUGAAGGGGCUUAGAAAAUUAGAUUUGGAAGUGGGAUGUACCGUGCUUGCACCUUAAAAGAAGUGGGGAUAUAGUUGUUCAGUGGGUUAUGAAAAGAUAUCUAGGGAAUGAGUAAUGACUUUUUUUUUUUUGCAUCACCCAAUCCUGGUAGAAAAUGGCCAGUGUUAAAAAAUGUACUGUAUAUCUUAAACAUCAUAAUUAAUGCAUCUUAGGAAAUAAACUAUAUCAUAAUAUUUUGCAGAUGUGAUAUAAAGGAAUGGUGUAAUUUAUUGAGGCAUUGUUUAUUAUUGGUAAUGUUUUCUGAAGAUUUUUUAGAUAUCAAAUAACAACCAAAAGGAAGAUGGUUGCUUCUAAAUAUUGGUAGCUUCUAAGUAGCGUAUGUGAUUUUUUCCAGAUACUUGAGUUUUGGAUAUUUUUUGUGCAGCAGUUUGAAGGAGGAUGCACCUAACUCGGAUGUAGUUCUUUGUAUAACUUUAAAGACAAUAAAGUUGUCAAGUACAGUGGUACCUCGAGUUUCGAACAGCUCCCAACUCGAACAAUUAUGUAAGUGUAUUUUUGUAAGUGCUUUUGUAAGUGUAUUUUUGGGGGAUCUGAAAUGGACUAAUCUAAUUUACAUUAUUCCUUAUGGGAACAAAUUCGUUCAGUAUCGGCACUCGAACAGUCUUCUAGAAUGAAUUAAGUUCGUAACUCGAGGUACCACGGUAUUUUGCCCUACAUAAUAAAAAGUUUACCUUGUGAAAUAUCAUGGAUAUGAAUACUGUACUAUGUUUCUGUAAAAUUUUAUGUGACAAUUACCUUAGAUUUUGAGUUAUGCAGUAGGGCAGUUUAAGGUUAUUUAAAAGUUGUUCUGUAAAAAAAAAAAAUGCAGUUAUGUGCCAGUCAAAAUUAGGCAUUUGUACGUGUUUACAUUGUGCUGCUUUACGUUGCCUUUCCAUUUAAAAAGUAAUGGAUUUAUGCAUUUAUGUAUCCUUAUUGUUUGUAGACCUAACAAAUCUUAAUAGCCACAUAGGUCCAUCCUCAAGAAAAAUAAUUUUAGUUAGACCUCAAGAUAUAUGUGCUGAAAUGUUGGAUAUCUUAAAAACACAUUUAUGUCUGUUAUGAAUGAUUGAUUUGUGAUUUUUAAUAGAAUAUAUCGUAUUAACGAUUGUGAUGUCAGCCCAUUUCUGGAAAGAUGGAGAUUGAGUGAAUAUUGGUGAAUGUGUAUUCUUCUUUCGGUCACCCUGCACUGCAGUAUUAUGCUUAUAAUUCACAGUUGUGAAAUAUAUUUUUUUUUAUGAAUUAGGUCUCUCAAGAAGGCAAGCAUUUAAGAGCCAGAAUAAGGUAAUUUACAAGUCAACCUAUCUAUGUGCUAUAGUGUUGUUGUCACGUAAUGAGUUGAGAUGGUAUAUUUCCCACAUAUGGCAGGUUGUAUGUAAAAAAGUUUGGGCUUUUGUAGAAUGCCAGCCUGAAUGUUGCUAUACUACAUUAAUUAACCCCCAAAACAUUAGCAUGCUAUAAUAACUGCUUAUGGGUUUGAGCGAAAAUAUUUUUUUUAUUUCAGAUCCUUACUAUUUAUCAGUAUUUUUUCCUAACUGCUUUAUGAUACAUUAAAGAAUAUGAAAUAUAAAAUUGGCUUAAUGUUGGUGGUUAGAGUUUUAUUAUUGUUAGGUAUGAACUUUCAUUCCUACUGAGAGAACGUUCUUCUGUGACUGAUUUAGUACCAGAAGUGUAUCUUGUUCAUAUACUGUCUCUGUAAACGCUUGAAAUUGUACCUGUUUAUAUCUAACAUCUAUAUAAAAUUUAUUAUAUAGUAUUUCAUUAUUGUCUCUGUACAUGUGAAUGCUGUUCUGUUAUACACAAUGUUAAUUGUUUUAGAAGUUCUUUAUUCAUAAGAGAUGCCGAAAAUGUUGAUGUUCAGCAUUAAAUGUUGUUGUUGUACAAGUGAUUCUUAUGAUAUUUAUUGUUAUUCCUUAUGUGUGUCUUGUUCAUGUAUGUAUCCACAACUCUUGGCAAUAAAGUUUUACAAGAU